CCAAAGAAAGAAAUAAUACCAUGAGUAGUAGUACUGUGACUGUUCCCACCAAAAUGAAGGGUUGGGUCUACUCUGAAUAUGGCGACCCUGCCCAGGUCCUGAAGCUGGAAUCUGAAGUCCCAGUUCCUGAUGUGAAAGAAGAUCAAGUUCUCGUCAAGGUUGUUGCUGCAGCGCUUAAUCUGUUGGAUUAUAAGAGAAUGGAGGGAGCUAUCAAAGCCACAGAUUCUUCUCCACCGACAGUUCCAGGUUACGAUGUUGCUGGCGUGGUGGUUGAACUCGGAAGCAAAGUGAAGAACCUGCAAGUUGGAGAUGAAGUAUACGGGAAUAUUAACGAGGCAGCUCUGCUUCAACCCAAGAAGUAUGGGUCUUUGGCAGAGUAUACUGCUGUGGAAGAGAAGCUUUUGGCUCUUAAGCCCCAGAACUUGAGCUUUGCUGAAGCAGCUAGCCUCCCACUCGCCAUUGAAACUGCACUGGAGGGCCUUGAGAAAGUUGGGUUAACCAGUGAGAUGUCCAUUCUCGUUCUUGGUGGUGCUGGUGGAGUUGGUUCCCUUGUGAUUCAGCUGGAGAAGCAUGUUUUCGGAUCAUACAAAGUGGCAGCCACGUCAAGCACUUCAAAGCUGGAGCGACUGAAGAGCAUGGGAGCCGAUCUGGCCAUCGAUUACACCAAGCAAAAUGUGGAAGAGCUCGAUCACAAGUUCGACGUCGUGUUCGACACAGUACAAAACGGGACAGCUGCGGUGAAUGCAGCGAAAAGCGGCGGCGGCAGAGUGGUGGCGAUACUGCCGGUGCCACCGCCGGCGAGUUGGUUUGUGGUGACCUCGAAAGGGAGUGCGUUGGAGAAGCUGAAGCCUUAUUUGGAGAGUGGUGAAGUGAAGCCAUUGAUUGAUCCUAAUGGUCCUUUCCCAUUUUCUCAGACUUUGGAGGCAUUUUCCCAUCUCAUGACUGGGAGAGCUACAGGGAAAGUCGUCGUUCACCCUUUGAUCUAUAUAUUAUAAAAAAAAAAUGUGAUUGAGUGGAGCCACAUAUAAUUUGAGUUGGAUUGUCUUGACGUAUAUAUUAUAAGAAUAUGUAAUCGAGUGGAGCCACAUAUUUGAGUUGGACAAACCGUGGUAGGUAAUCUGAGUAUAGGAG